UUUCCCCGAGGGCUCGCCUUGGGCCGGGCGGCCUGGGCGUAGGGUCGGGGCGAGCAGGAGUCGCCCUGGUCCGAUUAGGUGCUCCAGACUCCGGCCACAGCCAGACGCGAGCGGCAGAGGCUGGGCGGUCACCGAUCCCGACCGCACGGCCAGCGGAGGCCUUAGUCACCCGAGGCCCCUAGGCUGGCCCACGGCUCUGAGGGACCUCUCCGGAGACCCGAGCCUCUCCCACUGCUGAGGCCGGCUGGGACCGGCCGAACCCCAUGAGUGCCGGGUCAGCCGGGGUCCCGGCCGGCUCUGCGGUACAGAUCGGCUCCGCGCCGGGACCGACCUGUGUGGCAACCUGUGGCUGGAGGGGUCGCAGGGAGCCAGGGCUGAGCAGUCCUCACUCCCACACACAGAGGCCCGCGGAGGACGCAGCCUGGCUCCAGACACGCCCUGAGUGCAAAGGCCCUGGGCAGGGUCCACCUGGACCUUGUUCCCAGCUCGCUGGUGCGGGCCUGCUGUCAUUCAUUCACCAGCUUCGGUUUACUCGUUUGUAAAGUAAAGUAGAUAGUUGGUCCCCUGUACUAACCCUUGAGAGCCUGGGCCUUGUAGAAGGGGUCACCAUUCUGCUCAGGACAGUUCCUAGCAUGGACUCCGUAUAUUAGUAGGAGACACUGCCUUGGGACCUGUCACUGAUACCCUGUAUUGUCCCCGGUGUUUGCAGGGAAGAAAUGGGGAUUUCUUGGUAUGUUUAGGCUGGAGUUCUAGAACAGACCAGUGGGAGAAUUUUAACCCUGGUUAGUGAAGGUCAGACAUUUAAUAUACCCUGUGGGGUAUGGAGGAAAGUAACUGAAGAAGAGCCAUUUCUAGCUACAGUUUCAAGGCUCGGCAUUCUGUCUGAAAGAUGUCUGUCCUUACCACCGUCUUCCAGUACAUUGAUGAAAACCAAGACCGCUAUGUCAAGAAACUCGAGGAAUGGGUGGCCAUCCAGAGUGUGUCUGCCUGGCCCGAGAAGAGAGGGGAGAUCAGAAGGAUGAUGGAGGUGGCUGCAGCUGAUGUCCAAAGACUGGGGGGUUCUGUGGAGCUGAUGGAUAUCGGGAAGCAAAAGCUCCCUGAUGGCUCAGAGAUACCACUUCCUCCCAUUCUGCUGGGCAAGCUGGGUAGUGAUCCCCAGAAGAAAACAGUAUGCAUUUAUGGGCACCUGGAUGUGCAGCCUGCAGCCUUGGAGGAUGGCUGGGACAGCGAGCCCUUCACCUUAGUGGAGCGGGAUGGCAAGUUGUAUGGGAGAGGCUCAACAGAUGAUAAGGGGCCAGUGGCUGGCUGGAUGAACGCCCUUGAAGCCUAUCAGAAGACUGGCCAGGAGGUUCCUGUCAACGUGAGAUUCUGCCUGGAAGGCAUGGAGGAAUCUGGCUCUGAAGGCCUAGAUGAACUAAUUUUUGCCCAGAAAGACACAUUCUUCAAAGAUGUGGACUAUGUCUGCAUUUCGGACAAUUAUUGGCUGGGGAAGAAUAAGCCCUGCAUCACAUAUGGCCUCAGGGGCAUUUGCUACUUCUUCAUUGAGGUGGAAUGCAGUGACAAAGACCUCCAUUCUGGGGUGUAUGGCGGGUCAGUGCACGAGGCCAUGACGGAUCUCAUUUCAUUGAUGGGCUGUCUGAUAGACAAGAAGGGGAAAAUCCUCAUUCCUGGCAUCAACGAGGCUGUGGCCCCUGUGACUGAUGAGGAAUGUGAGCUCUAUGACCACAUCGACUUUGACAUGGAGGAGUUCGCCAAGGAUGUGGGAGCCGAGACCCUCCUGCACAACUGCAAGAAAGACAUCCUGAUGCACCGCUGGCGAUACCCAUCCCUCUCCCUCCACGGCAUUGAAGGGGCCUUCUCUGGAUCAGGGGCCAAGACCGUGAUUCCCAGGAAGGUGGUGGGCAAGUUCUCCAUCAGGCUAGUGCCAGACAUGAUUCCGGAAGUAGUCAGCGAGCAGGUUUCAAGCUACUUGACUAAGAAGUUUGCUGAACUGCACAGCCCUAACAAGUUCAAGGUGUACAUGGGCCAUGGUGGGAAGCCGUGGGUAUCUGACUUCAACCAUCCUCAUUACCUGGCUGGAAGAAGAGCCCUGAAAACAGUAUUUGGUGUUGAACCAGACUUGACCAGGGAAGGUGGCAGUAUUCCUGUGACUUUGACCUUUCAGGAGGCCACAGGCAAGAAUGUCAUGCUGUUGCCAGUAGGGUCAGCAGAUGAUGGUGCCCACUCCCAGAAUGAAAAGCUCAACAGGCACAACUACAUAGAAGGAACCAAGAUGCUGGCGGCGUACCUGUAUGAGGUAUCUCAGCUGAAGGACUAAGAGGUCCAUUUUUCCACAGAAUGCAGCAUCUGUCCAGAAAGAAUCUACCCUAUGCCCAACUUCCAACUUUCUUGGGAAUAUGGACUCCCCCCCUCCCCAUCUCUUUCACAGGUCACAGGCAGACUUGCAGGAAUGGACACAGUGCCUCCAGCUGUCAGAAGGGUUGGUCAGCUGUUCAGGCAUUUGGCAGUGAUUAGUCCUGGGGGUUUAUUAGUCCAGCUAAGUGGCUCCCUGGGGGUUUCUCAGAGGUGACCAGUGUGACUUCACUUCCAGAAAGCAGCCAAAAGCUUCAGGUCCAUAGGAAUUGCUGAUCGUCAUGGACUUGGGGUGCACAGGGCUAGCUGCUCUCCACCUUCUAUCUCAAGUGAGACAGACUCACUUGGGAUAUCCAGGAAGGAAAUGAAAGUACUCAGGGGCUUGCUAUGUCACAGCAGCACCGUGGUGACCCCUCACUGGGCCAUAAUUCUGUCCCUUCUCAAGACCUUGGAUGACCAUCACUGGUGUCCCCUCUUGCAGUCUCUCAGAACCUGUCCUAGCAGUCAUAGUGGAAGCACUGAUCCAUCUCUGAGCUGCUAAUAAAGGUGACAAUGAGCCUCA